AUGGCUUCUUGGGGUUACAUCCUUAUUCUUUAUUUCUUGUUUCCUCUGAUUUCCCCUAAAAUUACAAGAAAUUUGGCUUCUGGUGCACCUACACAGUUAACUAAUAUCUACCCUUUUCCAUGCUCGGAUCACAUCAAGACGUGCAGCGCUUUCCUCUAUCAGCAUAAUGGCCUAUCAAAACAGAAUAUAACCAAACUUUACUCUGUCAAUGCAUCAGCAAUUAAGCCGAUUAGCUACGAUGACAGACAAGACUACCUAGUAACUGUACCUUGUACUUGUAAAAAUGUUAAUGAAACUGUUGGAUAUUUCUAUGACACAAGUUACAAACUACAGCUAUUGGAUACAUUUGCAAAUGUUUCUAAUAACAUAUAUAGUGGCCAGGCUUGGAAAGUUGGAGGAGAAGAAGAAAGUUACAAAGCUGAGGAUGUAGUAACUAUGCAUCUCUUGUGUGGAUGUGUAGAAGAUGGCCAAAAAACUGUAGUGACAUAUACUGUUCAGCAGCGCGAUACGCUAUCAAGUAUUGGAGAUUCACUUUCUUCUCAAGUUAGUGAUAUAGAGAAGUUGAAUCCUUCCUUGACAAGUCCACAGUUUGUAGAUAUUGGAUGGCUUUUAUAUGUGCCCAUGUAUAAAAAUGGAAAGCACGAGGCGCACAAAUGGACGAUAUUAGUUGGAAUAUUAUCAGCUGUGACAGUACUGUCAAUGUGUACAGUGAUGAUAUUUAUUAUCAGGAGAAAUAGAUUGCAGAAACGCGCCAAGGAAGAUCGUGCAGCUAUUUCCAAAAGCUUAAGUACUAACAAAACCAUGUCUUUGCAGAGGCAGUACAUGUAUAAAGAUCAAACUGAAGACAUCCCAGUUUUUGAAUCAGAAAGGCCAGUAAUAUACAGUCUUGAAGAAAUUGCAGAAGCUACGUGUGAUUUUGACGAGUCUAGAAUAAUUGGACAAGGUGGAUAUGGGAGUGUAUAUUAUGGGACAAUUGGGAAGCAGGAAGUUGCAAUAAAGAAGAUGAGGUCUAACAAGUCCAAGGAGUUUAUUGCAGAGCUCAAAGUCUUAUGCAAGAUCCACCACAUAAAUGUGGUGGAGCUGUUGGGUUAUGCCAGUGGGGAUGAUCACCUCUACUUGGUCUAUGAGUACAUCCCAAAUGGUUCUCUCAAUGAACAUCUUCAUCAACCAGUGCUAAAAGGUAAUAAACCUCUAAGUUGGACUACAAGAACACAGAUUGCUUUAGAUACUGCAAGGGGUAUUGAGUAUAUCCAUGACCAUACAAAAUCUCGGUAUGUUCAUCGUGAUAUAAAAACGAGCAACAUUCUACUGGACGAAGCCAUGAGAGCAAAG